AUAUUUUUUAUGAAUUUUAGAUAUGAAAGUCAUUAUGGAUUUUAUACCAAAUCAUUCAAGUGAUCAACAUCCAUGGUUUAAGGAAAGUGUUAAAGGAAAUUCUGUAUAUAAAGAUUAUUAUAUUUGGGCUGGUAACAGAACUAGUGGUCCACCUAAUAAUUGGCUUAGUGUUUUUGGUGGUUCAGCUUGGACUUUCAACGAGGAACGAGGUCAAUAUUAUUUUCAUCAGUUUUCAGAACAUCAGCCAGAUUUAAAUCUUCGUAAUCCCUUAGUUAAAGCAGAACUAGAGCAAGUAUUGAAAUUUUGGUUAGACAAAGGAAUAGAUGGUUUCAGGAUUGAUGCUAUACCUCAUCUUUUUGAAAGUGAAGAACUGCUGGAUGAACCAGUUAAUGAAAAUGCCACAGUUUCAAAAGACAAAUAUGACUAUUUGGACCAUAUUUAUACAAAAAGUCAGCCUGAGAUAUUUACUAUCCUUGCAGAAUGGAGGGAAAUCUUGGAUAAUUACACACACAGUACAGGAAGUAAAAAAAUAUUGAUGACUGAAGCUUAUGAUACACUUAAUAACACGCUAUUGUAUUAUGGAAAAGAAGAUGCGCCUUUAUCAAAUAUUCCUUUCAACUUUAAAUUGUUAGAAUUGACUAAAGAGUCAACAGCUAAAGAUUUACUUGAGCAUCUUGAGUAUUGGACUUCAUCUUUGCCAGAUUGGGCAUGGCCAAAUUGGGUGCUUGGAAAUCACGAUGUUGACCGUUUGGCAAGUAGAGUAGGAGAGGAAGUUUUAGAUGGAAUCUUCAUGGCAACAUUACUAAAUCGUGGGACACCAAUAAUUUAUUAUGGAGAUGAAUUGGGAAUGUUAAAUGCCAGAAUAUUGCCCACAGAAGUGAAGGAUGUUGCAAAUCCAGAUAAGCCACGUGAUGUUUGUCGCACACCCAUGCAGUGGAAUAAUAGCACCUCAGCUGGUUUUAGUAAUUCCACAAAUCUUUGGCUACCAAUACAAGACGAUUUUGAAACAGUUAAUGUAGAGAAUGAAUUACAAACUUCUCGAUCUCAUCUUAAUGUCUUCCGUGAAUUAGUAAAACUGCGAUCUCAGCCUGCGAUUAGGUUUGGUAAAGUGUACUAUCUGUCAGAAAAACCAAAUAUGUUCUGUAUGUUAAGAAUAAGGAAAGGAUCGCCUGGCUAUUUAAUAGUAAUCAAUAUGGGAAAUAAUUCUUCCACUAUAGAUUUUACUAAUAGUCACGAAAAUCUACCAGAUUCUGCAAAUGUCGAAGUUAGGAGUAAAAAUCUGACUGGACGUUUGGCAGAAUCUGGUCAUUCGAAGAUAAAACUAAAAGAUGUGACGUUAGGAUCAAAGGAAUCAGUUGUUCUGUCAUUUGUACCCAAAUUUGAUAAUUGAUUCCGAGAUUCCUCUGCACGUAUUUCUCAACUUUUUAUUUUAAUUUCGUAAACAUUUUAUUUUCUUUUUAAAUUUUAUUUUAAUAAAAGAUGAUUUAGAAGCAUUGAA